AUGGUAUACGCUAAUGAUAUAACUUAUCUGUCAUCUACAAAUCAUUACACCAAGCGAGGCCCUAGCCCUUCAUCUCGUGACGGUAUUUUUCCUAUCUCAGGUGAAGUGCUCCACGGGAUGUUGCUUUGGGGGCUGUGUGUAAUAACCCUUACGGGCCUUGCGACCGCCCAGGGUCCGGAGAAAACAUUCUAUGAAUUCACCGUGCGGAUUCAGGGUCCAUCGCGUUGCAGUGAGAGGAGCUUCAACAGUGCAAGGGGCUUGCGACCCAGGUGUAGGUUUAAGGGACCUCUAUCUGACGCUAACCUCCACUGUGCAAGCUCCUCUCUCUACCAAAACAAGUUUGAAACAAAAAUAUACAUAAAUGUCUUCCAUAUAAUAUUUGUAAAUAUUUGUCCAGGAAGGACGGGCAAUAUCUGUAGUGUGGAUCUGGACUGUCCAGACAACGCUUUCUGCCGUCAGAGCAGUUACUGCGUCUGCAAGAACAGCUUCGUCUACGCUGCUGUUAACAGCACACAUAAAGGAUGUCUGAAGGAGGCUCGCAACGGUGAGGAGUGUAUUCAACACAUCCAAUGUCACUCAACUAUGGGUGUCCACUCCGAGUGUUCUAACGGGUCCUGCUCGUGCGCUGAAAACGCUCACCUGGAGACAGACCGCUGUUACGAAACCGCUGUAAUCGGCGAACGAUGCGUGGUAGACCAGAACUGCUAUUUGGGUGAACCAGGUCCUGAGCGGGAGGCGUUCUGUGUGAGAGGAUACUGCACCUGCCAGCUGCAGUAUAGCCCCAGGGAUAAUGGAACGAGAUGUGUCCGUGACGCAGCCCUGGGCGAGGCCUGCGAGGACGAACUUCAGUGCGCGGGCCCAGGCCUGCAGUGCAGAGGGACCUGUCGUUGUAGACCUGGUUGGGUCGCACAUACUGAUAUCAACGCUUGUGUUGAAUCUGCGACGGCUUUAAACGAGGAGUGUCAGUAUGACGUGCAGUGUGAAUCGUUAUCUGGGAGCGAGGUCCCCGCGGCCCUGUGUCUUGGCGGGGCCUGCUCGUGUUCAUACGACGCGCGGGCCGUCGGGAACCCGCCUAAAUGUUGGAGGAGGAAGAGGCCUGGCCAGGAGUGUGAUGUGGAUGAGGAAUGCGUAUCUGAAGAAGACGAGCCGGGCUAUUGUCUUGCCGGUCGUUGUACUUGUAAGACGUGUUCUCCUGACGCGAGGGAUUUCGGUGGAGCCAGCGCCAUCACCCCCCCACUCGCCGCCAUUUUGGUUAUCGCCGCCAUUUUGAUACGACAUUAA